AUGUCUGCUAGCCCAGCUGCCUCCGGUGCCGCCGAUGUGAAGCCGGCCGAUCAGAUUCACUUUCGCUUCUGCCGCGAGUGCUCCAACUUGCUCUAUCCCAAGGAGGAUCGCGUUACCAAUCAAUUGAUGUUCACUUGCCGCACCUGCCACGUCGGCGAGCCUGCCACCUCUCACUGUGUCUAUCAAAACAAGCUCAACAGCCAGGUCGGAGACACCGCCGGUGUGACCCAGGACGUGGCCUCGGAUCCCACGGUUUGUUGCCCCGAGCUCCUCUUCACCGGUCUGAUGAGCAUCCCGGGACUCUGCGCUUGCUGCGGCCAGGAAAUCUCCUGUGAGAUAUGUGGUCACGGAUACUAUGCGGCUCCCAAGGAUGACGACGAUGCCGCUGUUAGCUGCCUGUCAGACUCCAACGCCUCGGAGUCCCCCGACAGCCCCAUCUCCCUUCCUCGAGCCAACAAGCUCUGUCCAAGCUGCGGUGAAAAUGAGGCGGUCUUUUUCCAGUCUCAACAGCGUUCUGCUGAGAGUGGAAUGAAACUUUACUACGUCUGCUGCGCUUGCGGCAAUGUCUUCCUUUGA